CAGGAUUUCUAACCUUAUCCAAUGAAGUCUUGCUUAUGGUAGUAAGGCUAUGCAGAAGCAUAGAACGAAAGCACCAGAAUGACAGUAUCUCCAGGCUGAGAUUAACCUGCCAGAGGUUUUGCCUGCUCUGCAGCGAUUACGCUGUUCGUCGCUGCGGCACUUUAGAUUUCAGCCGUCCAGAGAGUGUCAAGUUAUUUCGACAAGUGCUUGAAAAUCCUCGAAUCGCAGAAGGAGUAUGCGAAGUCAAUGUGCGUUUGCAUUUCUACCAUCCAUGGAUUGCGGCCAGUCUUGACAACUUCACCGCAGCCACUUUGUCUGAAUGGGGGCAACGAGCACACAUUUUCGACGAGCCAAUUGGCAUCAACUCAGACGGACAAAUGUCGUUUGAGUGCUUGAUACAACGAUUUGUCAACGACAUACAUAUGCCUAAUGAUGAGUCUGUAGAGCCAUCUAUAUCGCGCAACAGGGCAGACGAGACAAGCUAUCCAAAGGGUAUCCUACAACAUGCUUAUGGAAAAUACAAAGAAAGAUACGAUUCACAGAUACUCUUGCAUGGCGACGGCGCCUUUGCACUCGGGAUAGCUGAGAUCAUGGCGAGACUGCCAAAUAUCCGGCAUGUCACGCUCCAUGACGGCGUUCUUGAAAACAACUAUGAUCUCGGCCGCAAGUUUGAUCCAAUUGACGAACAAGACACCUCAGCUCAAGCCAAUAUUCUAAUCCAAGUCCUUUCUCGGCCUAUGCUAUGGGAGGAAGCACGUUGGAUCCAACCAAGCGAGUUCAUCUGGCCUGGGGUUCCGACGGGAUUACUCGUGGAUAUUCCCCUAGCACUGGGCGCAGUGGAUUUACUGGUUAUCGAUCAGCUCUCCAUCCACGUAUCAGCUGCGCCAGAUUACACGACAAUGCAACUCAGCAGAGAUGACCAGGACAAGUUAUCAGACGCCAUCAAACGACUCGACCUUUUGCAGUUCAGCUUUUCGCCACGGUGCCGCAGCGGUUGUGGCCCGUGGAUUAAGAAUGGAGAGGAGAACGAUACGAUCAGGACAGCGAGAGAGAUGGAGGUUAUCAAUGAAUACUUGGGUGCAAUCUUCAACGCCGGAUGCAUAGCACAUGCUGAUAUAAACCUUGGCGAAUUUUGGUACAGCUUAGGUCUUAAAUCCAUGCUCGCUGCUCCGGCCUCAGUUGGUAUUGGGUUCAUGUGGCCUCUGGGGUCUGACUUGCGCUCCAUUCACCUCACCGAGAUCUCCGUCAAUAUUAUGCAACUUGGAGCGUUGGCUGCGGCUCUCGGCAUUGGAUCAGAGGUUUCGUUAUUUUUAGUUCACAUCAGAGUAGGGUCAUGGCGAGAUGCUCUUCAAACAUUGAGAGACGGGUUGCGUAAUCCGCAGUCAGUUUCUAUCAGACACCCUAUUGGUGGUGAGGUUCAGAACCUCACAGAGGACCAAAUCGAGUCAGCUUUCGGCUCGCGACACACAGAAGAGGGCACAAAGGCUGAAUGCUACGCUAUGGGGAGAAUGGUAGAAAAUCCACUCAUUGCACCUAGAUAGAU